UUGUGGACAAUAUUUACCCAAUUGUUACUGACGAAAAAUCCCGACGUCCAGUCGAUCAUCUUCGGGAUGACUUCGUUAUGCAAAUGCACGUCAGCGGAGCAAUUUGAACCCUCAUGGGACAAAGUCACAAACAAAGUUUUGAAUUUUGUAAAUUUUGAAUGAAAAAAUGCUUCGUAAAUGUCUUUAGAUCGACUGUUUUAAUUUUUUCAAAAUUUAUAAUGGCUGCUAGAAAGCGUCAAGGGUUUGACAAAGAUGCCAAACAUCUUGGCAAAAAGUCGACAAAAAGCUCCUCUAGUAAAAGCAAAUUUAGACGCAAGCUUCCAAGUACAUCAACAAUGCUUAUACUAUUUGUAAUAUUCUUGUGCGUUUGUGUUGUCGGCUAUUUUUGGUGGAAGCAAUAUAUGCGUAGCAGGUUAUACACUCCAAUUCAAGCUCGUCGUAUGACCUCAAGGUCAGAACUUGGAGAUAUGGGUGAUAUUAAAAGGUUUUGGGGAUCCUAUCGCUCAAAUCUGUAUUUUGGUCUCCGUACGCGUAGCCCCAGGUCUCUUAUGCUUGGCUUGAUGUGGUUUUCAGGAAGGGCUCAUGACGGCAGUGUUCAUAUCAGACAUAGUUGUGAACAGAGUGAUAAGCUGCCAAGAUAUGGCUGGAUUAGACAUGAUGGGAUUAAUUUUGGCAUGCAAGAGAUUGUUGAUCAUGGAUAUAUGUUGAGUACUGAUUUUGUCAAAAGAACUGGCGGUGAUCAUGGUGGAGAUUGGACGGCUCGCAUUACUGGCCAAGUGUUUGAAAAUAUGGGUGGAAAACCAAACCAGCAAGUGUCAGUCAUGUUUUAUGUCAUGAAGGAUGGUUUUGGAACACUGACUCCAGAAUUCCAAAAUGGAAAGUUGUCUUCAGUAUCAGGAAAUACUCCUGAAUUAGGAGGUUUCAAGCUGUCUUUCUUUGAUGGUGAUAAGAAUCUACUUUCCACCUACUUGAGCACACAUCUGGACAAGGUUCACAAUGCCAAAGAUGUUGUCAUGAAGAACUUGGGGUAUUUUAAUGUGGGAAAGAAGGGCAAAGUGCAGUUGCUUGGCUUACAAGGAAGAAAAAUGAGCAAAGAAAAUCAAAACAAAGAUGAAAACUUUGUUGUAUUUAGUGGUGUGUUUGAAUUGCCAUUUACGAUUGAAAUCGUUUUUGAAUCUGAGAGUGUUAAAGAUAGAAUUAACAAGCUCAAAGGAUCCGUAUUCCAAGAAAAUCUCAUGAAGUAUAGUGACUAUUUUGAAAAGAAAUUUGAACAAAAAUUCAAGCUUCGGAAAAAUGGGUACAGUACGGAUGAAAUUCUGUUUGCCCAGGCAACACUUGGCAAUGCAAUUGGUGGCAUUGGUUAUUUUCAUGGAACAUCGCUGGUCAUCUCAGAUCGUGUCAAGGAACCUGUUGAUUACUGGGAGAGUUCACUAUACACUGGUGUCCCUUCCCGGUCAUUCUUCCCCAGAGGUUUCCUCUGGGAUGAGGGGUUUCACCAACUGCUUAUAAGCCAAUGGGAUAGCACUAUUAGUACAGAUGUGAUUGGAUAUUGGCUUGACCUGAUGAAUAUUGAAGGUUGGAUUCCGCGUGAACAGAUCUUGGGUGAUGAGGCGCGGACAAAAGUCCCAUCAGAGUUUGUUGUUCAACAUAAUAAGAAGGCCAAUCCCCCUGCAUUAUUCCUCUCCAUAAAGGCGCUGCACCAGAAAGGUUUACUGGAUGGUGAUUACCUGCGCAAGCUCUUUCCUCGUCUACGAGCUUGGUACAACUGGCUGAACACAACACAGGUUGGGAAGGCACCCUCUACCUAUCGCUGGCGGGGUAGAGAUGGGGACACAGACAGAGAACUAAAUCCUAAGACUCUAACAUCUGGAUUAGAUGACUAUCCCAGAGCCUCACAUCCUUCUAAUAAUGAAAGACAUUUGGAUCUUCGCUGUUGGAUGGCUUUCAUAUCAGGCGUUAUGGCUGACAUCACCGAUUCUAUUGGCAAAAAAUCCAGACGGUAUAAAGAGACGUAUGAAUAUUUAAGAGAUGAAAAUAUCCUCACAACUUUCUGGUCGGCCGAGUCUAAAAGUUUUGCUGAUUAUGGAAAUCAUACGAAAUACGUUCGCUUACGCCACGUUGCUACGAAACCAGGAGCGCCAAUGAGGGUUGCCCGAACUGUGUACAAAACGGGUCCUGAAGAGAAGUUUGUUGAUAGCAUUGGAUACGUUAGCCUGUUCCCAUUUCUCUUACAACUACUUGAUGCAAACUCCAACAAGCUAGGGGAUACUUUGGAACAUAUCAGGAACCCGAAUGAACUAUGGAGUGAUUUUGGGAUAAGAUCGUUGUCAAAAUCUGAUCCGUUGUACGACAAACGUAAUACGGAACACGAUGCACCAUAUUGGCGCGGCUCAAUCUGGAUUAACCUAAACUUUCUGGCUGUACGUUCACUGAAUCAUUACUCUCAAUUAGAGGGUCCCUAUCAGAAGUUAUGCUCACAAUUAUACGAAGAUUUACGCAAGAAUAUAAUAAAAAAUAUAUUCGAGAAUUAUCGUAAGACUGGAUACGUUUGGGAGAACUAUGAUGAUAAAACUGGUCUCGGCAAAGGAUGUCAUCCAUUCACUGGAUGGUCCUCAUUAGUUGUUUUAAUGAUGGGCGAACUGUACUGAUUAGUUAACUUUAAAUAGUUUACUUUUAGUUUUUAUUAGUUGAUGAAAGUCUAACGUGAUUUGUAUCUGUACUUUUUGAUGUAAACUUGUCAAUAAAAUGAAAAAAAUGAAAUGA